AUGGCAAUUAUUCGACACUCUGUUGCUCCGCUGCGAGCAGUGCGUUGCGCCCGCCAGCCCAUCGCUACCAGACCCUUCUCCGUAACCUCCCGACGGCAAGGCGGCGGCCACGGCGAGUCACAAUUCGAACCUCCUACCGGCUGGCUCUGGGGCAUCAAGCCCGGCGAGAAGCCGGAGCCCGAGGGUUGGGAAUGGCCCAUGUAUAUUUUCUGUGGCAGUUUGCUGGCUGCCGGUGUUGCGCUGGCCUUUAAGCCCGACACAUCUGUCUCUACUUGGGCCCUCGAGGAGGCCCGACGGCGGUUAGAAGCAGAGGGUGUUCUGCCGGACCCCAGCAAGGACAAGAAGGAAUAA